AUGAUCUGAUCACCGCCCUUCGAUUCGUUGCUAAGUAAUGUCAUGACUGUCUCAAGACUGGGGCCUUCGAUUAUAAAUACUUUGUGCAUCCCACCAUCCCCAUCAUGGCACCUGUAUAUGUCCUUGACCACUAUUAUCUCGCAAUCACCGUACUGGUGACGACUGCAUACCAGCUUUCUGGCUUUGCUAUAGCAUGGAUAUUCCAGUUCGACAAGAUUACGGAUUUUACUGGAGGCUCCAAUUUCUUCCUUCUAGCCCUUCUGACUUUGCUUAUGGGAAAUACAUAUUAUGCUCGUAAUAUUGUGGCGAGUAUUUUCGUCAUGAUUUGGGCUGUUCGCAUCGCAGGUUUCCUACUCUACCGCGUUCUCAAGACAGGAUCAGAUACUCGCUUCGACGACAUUCGAUCACAUUUCUUCAAAUUCCUCGGAUUCUGGAUAGGUCAGAUAGUUUGGGUGUGGACCGUAUCUCUUCCCCUUACGAUCCUCAAUUCGCCCGGAAUCUCGGAUACAAGGCGGUCUGGUUCAAACCCGGCUUUUGGUACUGCUUGUGAUAUCGUCGGUAUAAUCCUUUGGGUCGUCGGUUGGAUCAUUGAGACUACCGCUGAUAUUCAGAAGUUUCGAUAUAAGAGCAACAAAUCGAAUCCUAAGGAUAAACCGGUGACGGCCGGUUUAUGGAGGUGGUCUCGACACCCGCCGUAUUUUGGAGAAAUACUCUGUUGGUGGGGUAUCUUUAUCCUCUGUCUGUCUCCAACGAUUUUUGGGUCACUGCCAUCUUCUGCAAAAUCUGCACAGUAUGCCACUAUCGUGUCGCCUCUCUUCACUAUGCUUUUACUGUUGUUCGCUUCCGGGAUCCCGACUGCUGAGAAACCCCAGGCAAAGAAGUUCUUUCUCAUAAGCCACGGACCUGAAGUAGAGUCUCCCAAUCAAGCGUGGAAUAAUUACAAGGCGUACUUGAACGAGACUUCGAUUUUGAUUCCCAUACCUCCUGCAGUGUACAAACCACUUCCCAGAUGGUUGAAGUCGUCUCUUCUAUUGGAUUUUCCGUUCUAUCGGUUCGAUGAAGGAAAGGAAAGCGCAGAUCUCAUUGAUAACACGGGAAAUAGUAGUGAAUAAGAGUCAAAUGUAACAUUGUACAAUAGGAACGUCUAGCGCAUCUAGCUUUAGGAAUUUACCA